CAAAUAGUUCAGACCUAAACCCACUCCCGCUGGUAACGAGUAUUUGAGCAUACGAUCACCAUCUUCCCAUCGUCAUCGAUGCACCAUCACGACACCAUCGUCCAGAUCGUUGCCACCGUCUUCUAGUUCGUCGCCACUACACAAUCACGCCACCGCACAAUCACACUCCCGCACUCCAGGUCGUAAUCUCCUUACGCCAUCGUCGGUGCUGUAUUUUUUAACGUCGUCAUCUCCUUAGUCCAACUCUUGUAUAGUAAGUUAAGUUUUCAAUUUCUGCUGCUAACUUUCUACUCCUACUCUUAAUGUAUUCUAUUAGAACCAUUUAGUCUUAUGUAAUGGAUUAAUAUUGUGAAAAAUUCGAUACCGAUUAAUGCACUUUGAAAUGCUUAGUUGUUGAAUCAAUCGUUAUCCUGUUGUAAUAUUUAUUAGAUUUAUGUGUAAUGUGAAGAAUUGAAAUAGAUGAAAGUAAUCAAUCUGUUUAACAUAAGAUUUACGUUCUACCUUAAGAUCAGAUAACUACCUUAAGCAUAUAAAGAUUAUAACAUGGAUUAAUCAGAAAAAUAUGUAGAAAAAUAGAACAUCCUCACAUGGAGAACUGAAAUCUAUAAGGAGCUCUGAUUUCUUGAAUCACGCUCCAUUUUCAACUUUUAUAUAUCUAUAAGGAGCUAUAUAUCACAUUUUUUUUCACUGGUUUUGGUGGCCUCAUUGUCUCUUUCCUUGAAUUUGCUGCAACUUUUAUAUAUGUAUAUAACAUGUACUUAUUUGUUGUGGUUUUAUAGCAGGAUGGGUAGGCGUAAAAGGUUAUGCAUCACCUCAAUUGAUAUCCAUAUUGAUAGUGAAAUUAAUGAUCAAAGUUUUGAGCUUUCUGCAACUGAAGGAGAUCAAUCAGGUCAUCCACAAACUAGUGAAGGAGGCCAGUCUACUACUAAAGAACACAACUCUACUAAAAGAGGUCAAUCAGCAACAAAAGGUAUUAAAAGCAUCACAAGACCAGUAGCAGUUCCUGCAUAAAAGAAGAAUGUAGAAAUUUUAGAUUUUUAGACAACGGGAGGAUUCUAUACCAAAUCCCACAUUGAUCAUGAUGUUGUGAGAUGCUUGUAAAAAAGGAGAUGUAUAUUGAAAAAUGGCACAAGCUGUGAAUGCACAUAAUGAGUGUAAAAAGCUCCAUCUUUGCCCUUUACGUAUAGGCUUUGUUUAGCAAACCUGAUAGGGGCAGCAUGAGUUCCGUAAAUUGUUAUGAAAUUAUGAUGUAAUUAUUUAUUGCUUCUUGAUUGUUGUAAGCAGAAACAUAGUAGAGAACGAAACACAAGUAGCAAUUUAUGAUUUUUUUUAAAUACUUGAUUAUUAUUAAAUUCUAAGAACAAUUCAUUGCGUGU